AUGAGAAUUUUUGAUUCAGGAAACAAUUCUAAUUAUGUAAUUAUUAGUUCAAAAAAUAAAGAAAAAGUAGAAUUAAUUGAAAACAAUGAUGAAAGUGUGUUAGAGAAUAUGAAUAAAAGUCCUCUCGAAUACUCUAGUUCUGAGAGAACUAAAAAAGUAAAAAAUGUAAGAAAAGAACAAAAAAGUAAAAAAAUUAACCGAGAAAAUUCAGAAUUUCUCAAAGCCUUAAAAAGUGGUUCUGGUUUUAGAAUAAUUCCUAAAACUAAUUAA